AAAAGUUCAAGGUCAAAGUUGAGUAGCCGUUGCCCGGGUCCAGGACAUUAAUGAGAAGAUGGCGCUCCGGUAAGGACAAUAAAACAGAAAAGCCGAUUCGCGGCUAUAUGGAGGAAGGUGUCUAGAUAUAGAGUCCGAGUCCGGCUAUCUACUGCACAGCUUACCGUCGUCGGUCUGCGUCUGAGAGCAGUAAACACCACUCCAUUAGUAUGGAGUUCAAUAAGUUGCUUAAACAAUAGUGUCUACAACAAAAACAAGUUAAUUGUUACAAUUAUCGAGUGAAGACGCGAGGGGUAACGUCAUAAGCGGGGCAGAGGGCGAUACUCCAAAGACCCUAGUGGUGUGUCCACUCGGAGGGAGAAAAGGAGGGAAAACAACAACGAUAAUAACAAUAAUAAUAAUACACUUAAUAAUGAAACAAUCAAAAAUAUUAUUAUUGAUUUAAUUAUUUUUAGGACAAUAAAAGCAAGAGUAAUAAAUAAAAUUAAAAGGUUAAAUUAAAAAAGUAACGGGAAUAAAAGGGUGCUGUGUUGUAAAACUAGUUGGAGUUGAUGUGCGUGAAGCGGGCGCGUGGUACGCUCGGCGCGGCGACCACAAAUGAGCUCGGUAAUAUCAUCAGCCUCGGGGGCGCCAGAAUUAAAAAAAAAUGUCAAACGUAUCCCCAUCGUCACAAUUAUUAAUAAAUGGUGAUAAUGAUGUUGUAGUUGCUGGUAAUUAUCAGGAGUUUCACGUUUUGGACACUAAUCGGUUGGACAUAAGUGGAAUUGGUGUCGCCUCUGACUUAGGCGCAAUUGUGGAAGGUGUCACAUCGACAUCAGCAUCCUCGGUAGUUGUUGUUGACUACCAUAACCAUCCGGAGCUACAAAAUACACCCUCGUCUACUUCUACAUCGUCUUCUUCGUCUUCAUCUUCAUCCUGUUCGUCAUCAUCAUCCUCUACGUCACUGCUGUCACUUGCAGACCAAAAUAUUUUGCAGCCUGGUGCUGUUGUUGUUGUUAACUGUGUUGGGAGUGAAGGUACCGGUACCGCUACCGGUGUCGCUGUUAGUGAAGGUGACGGUGAAACUAGUAACACUAAUAAUAUUAAUAAUAAUAAUAAUAAUAUUGAUAUUGAUAUUGAUAUUGGUAUUGAUAGUAAUAAUUUAAAUAAUAGUGAUAUUAAUAAUAGUGGCAGUAGUGCGGCAACAGCCGCCUACAACAUGGUAGCGGCGAUGAACGAGCACUUGUCGUCCUCAUCGACGACCAACAGCGCACGUAGUACGAGCGCGCAAAACGAAUUUAUAAUAACAAGUGGACACGCGGCUACUGACAACGUUGAAGAUAUUGUCGGCGACAAGCCAACUUCUGCUGGCAUACUUACUUUCCCCUGUGACUUUGAUCACAUGUAUGCCAGCAUGACUGACGGUGGAACCCCGGCAGUAGCCGCGACCGCAACAUCGACCCUCGGAGUGAGCCCUCUCAGGGGCAACGAGCCACGUCUUAAUGAUCUCGCGGAGGUCAAGCACCUUAAGGAAUUGUUAUUGCUGCAUCUUGACCUUAUUCAGCAGCAAUCUGAGCAAAUAGUUACUAAGGAUAAAUUACUGGCUGCUCUCAGACAGGAAAAUGAAACGCUCAAAUUGCGACUGGAGCGUAUGGACAGACGAGUUAAUUUACAGAAAUUACGAUCAGAGAGUACCGAAAAUUCAAUUGCAUCGGACAUUGGACCAUGCUCACCGCCCAGCCUCCAUUCGGUAAACAUUGUCACACCACUUAUUGUCAACGAACAGCAUCACAAAAAUAUUUCCGCCGAGUGUAAUAGUUCUCAGUACAAUGAGAGCUUUAAAAUACGUCUCAACACCAGCGGGGGAAUUACAACUGUCAAACAAGAACAUACCAAUGAUAAUUUGAAUAAAUUAGACAUCAAACCAGACAUCAACGUGGCCAGCGGUGGUGAUGCCAGACUUGAAUGGGAGAGUAAGAGAAAUAAAAGAAAAUCAGAUCCAACACCUUUGCCAAGCAGUGGUAGUAAACGUAAACGUGGUGUUUCUUGCUCGUCAACAAUUAGCAAUGACACGACCUCCACGAUUCCCGAAGGCAAAAACUCAACCCACGAUUUGAACAAUAGAAAGUCUGAUAAAAAAGGCAAGUCAAUUAUUAAAAAAGAAUCAUUUUUAACAACUGAAGAGCAUUAUUAUACGGCUAUGGGUGAUCCUCAUUAUAAUCUAAGGACUAAACCUGAACUAGAGGAUGAUUCUAAUAAUUUAGAAGUACCUAGCUGGAGAAUAAAGGUUUACACUAGUUGUUAUACAAUGGAGGGUACUGAGAAUUUGGACGAUGAAAUUUUUAAUAAAAGACAUUUGAAGCUGGAAAAUGAUGAAAGAAGGAGAAAACGAUGGGAUGUACAAAGGAUAAGAGAACAAAGGCAUAUUGAAAAACUAAAACAAAGACAAGAGCGUCAGAAUCAUCAAGCGACUUGUUACAACACUAACCACACUGGACCAUGUCCGUCUAGUACUGAGGAAGAAGUCAUCACUACGCUAUGGCCAGAUGUGGAUCAAGUACAAAGUCUCCAAGUUGAUCCUGAGCUACCAGUAUCUGCAUUUGGAGCUCCCAUACCUAGUUUUACCCCUUCUGAAUUUUCUCUUCCGUGGCUCCACUCGGCGAGAUCCAAAAGCCGGCGACCUAAACGAUCAACUGGCAGAAGAAAAUCUCGGAGAUAAGCAUUAGAGGACCUUUUUAUAUUUUAUUUUAUAAUUAAUUAUAUCUAGUUUAUAUAUUUUAGUUUAGUUUUUAUUAAAUCAAAACUUUAAUUUAAUAUUAUUUUACAUUUCACGUAUUUAAAUUUUUACUCAUGAUUCCUGUGCAAAAAAGGCCACCAAAGAUGUUUUUUUAUGAUUCAAUUUUUUCUUUGCUUCUUUUUAUACUGGAAAAAAAAAAAAAAAAAAAAAAAAAAAAUGACUGAGCGUCAGGAUAAAAAGUGUUUAAUAGUUUUUUAAAUAUUAAUUUCCAUGCUUAAAAACCGAACUUUUUUUAAAAGUAAUAUUUAUUGAUUUUUUUAAAUAGUUGAAUAUUUGUAACUUUUUAGGAACAUUUCAUGAUUUUUUGUUUCCAUAAAAUUACCGAAAUUAUUUUGUUUUAUGAAAUUUUGUCUUCAAUUAAAUUGAUAGUAUAUUUUUUGUAUGAUUGUAAAAGUUUUAGAGAAAAUUAUACGAUACAAAUAAAAUAAUUGUCAAAAAUAGUCUAGGAUCGAAGAAACAAAGCCCCAGCUAAAAGUCUCAAAAUGCGUUUAUUCUUUUUAUCUAUAACACUCAUUACAUUACUUAUGACCAUUAUUUAAUAUUGGUGAUUAAAUUAACUAAGUGAAUAAAAAUUAAUUGUUAAGUAAUGAAAAAGAUAUGACUCAUUUAUUUUGUAAUGGAUGUAUUUUAAAAUGAAAUUUGGGGACAAAUUAUAAUAAAAACAUUAUUAAAUAUGAAUUGAUAAAAAAAAACAUAACAUACAGAAGUAUGAUCAAUAUUUAUUUAAAAAUUUAAUUUAACUUUGAAAUUGUGAAAGAAAUAUUAUGUUCAUGUUGAAAUAUUAUAAACGGAAAUAAAAAUAACCGUCCAGUUAUUAUAUUAAAUGAUCAGGUAUCAAUAAAAAAAAA